CUACUGUCAAUGCACAUACUCACAUCACAUUUGCACGUCGGUGAUCGCAUUACCAGUGAACUAUUUAUUACAAACUCAUUUAAAUCAUGGCAAAAAGCGGUGCAGUUUUGGAAUCAUCUGGCAGCGGAUCGCGGCCACAAUUGAAAGGUCGUCAUGUCUUAUUCAUGAAAAAACAUUUAAGCAUUGGCAUUGCAUACGCUCUUGCUACGGUCAUCAUUGCCAAAUACACCAUCAACGAACCACGCAAACGUGCCUAUGCUGAAUAUUACAAGAACUACGACAUUGAAGCAGAAUUUGAGCGCAUCCGUAAACUCGGCUGGUUCCAAUCGUGUCCAGCUAAUUAAAUUUUGAAAAUGCACAGAUAUAACUCGUAGUUUAAAUCGAAGCUGUGAAUGAUCUAAAUAAAGUCAAUUUCUUUUAAACUUA